AUGAGUUUUGCCUCCUCCCACGAGUGCGAAUCGACGUGUAAAGGGCUGAAAAAGAGCGUCCACCCGAAUCGUUGUUCACAUCUGCCGGAUUGGGGAUCGUGCAAUCAUAUGCGAUAUCAGUGGUUCUACGACAGUCGUCAAGGCACCUGCGCCCAGUUUCUGUACGGUGGCUGCGGCGGGAACACCAACCGUUUCGAGACGUUCGAGGAAUGCCAAAAGGAGUGCGAGCCCAGCGGCUUUGACCCAUGCAUGGAAGGAUUAGAUCGUGGAAAAUGGUGUGAGACCAUGUCAAAUCGAUACUACUAUAAUCGGCAAUUAAAGGAAUGCAAGGGUUUUCACUACAGCGGUUGCGGCAAGUCGAAUAACAAUUUCCACACGCUCGAAGAGUGCGAGGCCAGAUGCGUCCGCCGUGGCAAGCCGAGGAAAGGAAAAGCGAUUACCGGAGAUAACAGGCUACAAGAUGACCCGAAUUCCGAAAUGCGCCAAAUUACGGGCCCGGCAAUGAGUGUGGACAUCGAUCACUCAGACAAUACGCUCAAAAUGAACCUGACGUUCGGUGGUGCACCCCGAACGACGCGUCCGCCAAAAACCACCGCCGUCACCACCGUCAAGCCGGCUGCCAAGAAGUCGGCAACCAAGAAGCCGGAUAAAUACGGGCACCGUAAGCCAACGGAAAAGACACCAAUGGUGCGCCACGAGGUGUUGAAUGGAGUGAAUCGAACGUAUCUGAAGACGGAAAGCGAAUGGCACCACUAUGAAGCUUGUCUAGGGUAUCGAUACAACGUCUCGGGCCCACAAACAAUCCUGAAAACGCAUCUCUGUGAUUUGGAUGGGAAUCGUCAUUGCUGGAGUGAGAUUCACGAAUCCACAGAAGGGGAAGAGCGCUGCGCCGUCGUGCGGCCAUUCCUGCGCGGCACCCAUUUGUACUCCUGGUUUUUUGAACUUGCCACCCUCCCGCACAGCUACGCCCCGGAUGCGAAAAUUAGGAAGGAGCAAACGAAAGAGGAGACCUGGGCAUCAGUAUUACUUCUCAAAGCGAAUCGAUGUUUCGAUGUCUGC